AUGGUGGCCGGUUUCCGACGAUCCCUUUCCUUCCCAAACCAUUCAUCAAAACCCCACAAAAACUUGCAUGUCAGAUCAACUAGUCUUCCUUGUAGAUCACACCCUCUGAUUUCUCAGCUCCAGGAUGAGAUCAAUGAGCUCAAAAACUGGCAUUCCGAUCCCGAUAACGGAACGUCCGCUUGGCUCUGUGACGGUUUAAACCGCCUCAAGAUUGUCCACGAGGGUUUCGACGAUCUCCUUCAGCUUCCUCAGCCUCGUGAAUCCCUCUGCCGCCACUCUGAAUGGACCGAAAAGCUUCUAGAAGACUUCCUUGGUUUUGUUGACGUAUAUGGAGUCUUCCAAUCCUUGGUUUUGACGUUAAAACAAGAGCACUUGGCGGCGCAGGUUGCUCUAAGGAGGAAAGAUCAUUCAAAGGUAGCUUUGUAUGUGAAAGCAAUAAAGAAAAUAGCUAAAGCGACGAGUAAGCUCAUGACCACUGUCAGAUCAUACGUCGGAGGACGAUUCUUUAUUUCAGAAUCGGUGUCACUGACUGAUGUUGAUGCAGAGCUCGCUGAAGUUCUAGGAAAUGUUAAUGAGGUGACCGUUUUGGUCUCAUCGACUCUUUUCAAUGUAAUUUCAUUGUGGUUUGCGUCUCAAAAACCAUCGUUGAUUGGGCUGAGAUUUUUGAAAAGAAGGGGUAAAAAAGUUCAGAAAGAGGAGGGUAUUGGAGAGUUUCAGCAAGUUGGAUUAAUGGAGAGUUUGUGGGGUGGUUUAAGAAAGAAAGGUGAAAAAGAGGUGAAGAUGGUGUUAAAGAGAAUGCAUGAGUUGGAGGAUUGUAUUUGUGAGAUAGAAAAUGGAAGUGAGAGAGUAUUUAGAAGCUUGAUUCAUUCAAGGGUUUCACUGCUCAAUGUUCUCACACAGUAG